GUUUGGUGAGAGUCGUGGUCAUGAAUCCUCCACCAAGACAUUUCAAACAUCUCAGAAGCUGCCAAAGCCGUGGCUGGUGGUAGUAUUCUCCAUGAUGAGUUCGCGACCAUGGCUCCCUAGGAGGCACUACUUUGAAGUAGCUGACCAGUCCUGGUUCCCACAAACCCUACGAGAGAAGGUUCAAGACUAUCUUACACUCGGAUGGAUCAAUAGAUUCCCCGUCAUACAGUCCAUUGCACCUGCCACCCUGGUCUCCCAAGUCCUUUCAAAAGUCCUCGGCUCUCGAGUCUCUGACUAUGUCUACUUCGACUUUGCCUCCGGAGCCGGUGGACCAACACCGUACAUCGAGAAACACCUCAACGAUCAGCUACACAGAGAAGGCAAGGAGGAUGUAAAGUUCGUUCUGACCGACAUCAAUCCACACGUACAAGCGUGGGAGGCCAUUGCGAAGAAGAGCCUAAACAUCAGCUACAUUGAGCAGAGUGUCGAUGCCACGAACGCUCCUAGUGCCGAAACACUCCUACGGAAUGUUCCUGGGGUCAAGGACAAGAAGAUCAUGAGAAUGUUCAGUCUAUCUUUUCACCAUUUCGACGAUGAUCUCGCAGCUAGGGUGCUGCAGAACGCCGUCGAGACAUCAGAUGGAUUCUGCAUCUUCGAACUACAAUCACGUCACUUUACUUCCUUUGUCACUGUGAGCCUGCUAUGGCCUUUGGCUAUGCUCAUUGCGCCCAUCUAUUUCUGGCACUCACCUUGGCAUCUCUUCUUCACUUACCUUAUGCCUAUUGUCCCCUUCAUCUGGGUCUAUGAUGGGUAUAUCUCGUGCCUAAGGACGAGAACUCCUGAGGAAGUUGAGGCUCUUAUGCGAAGUCGUGUGUCAAGGGAGGAUUUGGACGGUUGGAAAUUUCAAUCUGGUCAAAUAUGUCAUACUUGGCCAAUAGGUUGGCUAUAUUGGAUCAUCUGUUACAAAAGCGAUUGACUUCUGAGCGCUGACCAAAUUCUUCCUUUCACCUGUCGCCAUGUCUCAUAGCACUUGUCAACAAAAUUCUGUACAGCUCAUUGAUCAGACCUGCAACGACCUCUGCUUUUCCCUUGACUCUUCGACAAUUCCUUCAUGCUCUUCUCCUGGCCGAGCCCAUACUGGUACAGUGUCUCUCGGGUCUGCAAAAAGAGCUUCAGCUUGCGUCCGCUCUAUGGCUUUUCUGGAUGAUUAAUGCCAGGCUUUGGACCAGUGAUCGGCUUUGGCUUUUGCCGAUUCGAGCGAAUUCCUUGCUUGUGCUACACUUUGUUAGCACUUGCAAAUCAGACUCAAGAAGUAGAUCGGUAAGUCUUACAGCCAUGAGUGACAGAUGCAUUGGACGAGAAGUUUGUAAAGAAGACUUGAUCGCGGUCACUGUGAAUUGUUUUGAAGAGGUUUGAUGAUGACCUGCAACGCUG